UCGGGUCGGGAGGACGAGGGCACGCGCGAGAGAGAAGAAGCAGAAGCAGAAAGAAUACAAAGUCAGGGGAACUCUCCCGUCGUCAGCCACACAGUCGAACAAGCAGUUCUCGAGUUUCAGAGGGACAGAAAGUCAAACGGCACGAUGAUGAUGAUGACCCAGCUGGAGACCACGGUGCACUAUGACAACGGCUACGAGGAGCACUACAUGCCUCAGGAGGAUGAGUGGGACAGGGACAUGCUGCUCGACCCUGCCUGGGAACAACAGCAGAGGAAAACAUUCACAGCCUGGUGUAACUCCCACCUGAGGAAAGCCGGUACUCAAAUUGAAAACAUUGAGGACGACCUCAGAAAUGGACUCAAACUCAUGCUGCUUCUGGAAGUUAUCUCAGGAGAAAGGUUACCUAAGCCAGACAGAGGGAAGAUGCGAUUUCAUAAGAUCGCUAACGUCAACAAAGCGUUGGAAUUCAUCACGAGCAAAGGAGUGAAACUGGUCUCCAUUGGAGCUGAAGAGAUUGUGGACGGUAAUGCAAAGAUGACUCUUGGGAUGAUCUGGACUAUCAUCCUCCGCUUCGCCAUCCAGGACAUUUCUGUGGAAGAAACAUCUGCCAAGGAAGGUCUUCUCCUGUGGUGUCAGAGAAAGACUGCCCCCUACAGGAAUGUCAAUGUCCAAAACUUCCAUGUCAGCUGGAAGGACGGCCUGGCCUUCUGCGCCCUGAUUCACAGACACAGACCCGACCUCCUCGACUACUCUAAGCUCAACAAGGAUGAUCCUAUGGGGAACCUGAACCUGGCUUUUGACAUAGCUGAGAAACACCUGGACAUUCCCAAAAUGCUGGACGCAGAAGAUAUCAUCAACACCCCCAAGCCGGAUGAAAGAGCUAUCAUGACCUAUAUGUCCUGUUUUUACCAUGCUUUUGCUGGAGCUGAGCAGGCAGAGACGGCUGCCAACAGGAUCUGUAAGGUGCUCGGCGUAAACCAGGAGAACGAGAAACUGAUGGAGGAAUACGAGAGACUGGCCAGUGAGCUGCUGGAGUGGAUCCGCCGCACCACUCCCUGGCUAGAGAACCGGACUUCGGAGAAGACCAUGGCGGAGAUGCAGCGGAAGCUGGAGGACUUCAGGGACUACAGACGCCAGCACAAGCCCCCGAAGGUGCAGGAGAAGUGCCAGCUGGAAAUGAACUUCAACACCCUGCAGACCAAGUUGCGCAUCAGCAACCGCCCCGCCUUCAUGCCCUCUGAGGGCAAGAUGGUGUCCGACAUAGCCAGUGCAUGGCAGGGGCUGGAUCAGGCAGAGAAAGGCUUCGAGGAGUGGCUCCUGACAGAGAUCCGUAGGUUGGAGAGGCUCGACCACCUGGCUGAAAAGUUUCGCCAAAAAGCCACCAAUCACGAGAACUGGGCCAGCGGUAAAGAACUGAUGCUCUCCCAGAAGGACUAUGAAACAGCCACCCUGACAGAAAUCAAAGCACUGCUUCGAAAACACGAGGCCUUUGAGAGUGACUUGGCAGCCCACCAGGACAGAGUGGAGCAGAUUGCCGCCAUUGCACAGGAACUCAAUGAGCUGGACUACCACGAUGUGGCUGCUGUAAACCAGCGCUGCCAGAGCGUCUGUGACUUGUGGGACAAGCUGGGAACCUUGACUCAGAAGAGGAGGGAAGCACUGGAGCGGACUGAUAAGCUGCUGGAGACGAUAGAUCUGCUGUUCUUAGAGUUUGCCAAGAGGUCGGCUCCUUUCAACAACUGGAUGGAAGGAGCCAUGGAGGAUCUGCAGGACAUGUUCAUUGUGCAUACAGUUGAAGAGGUCCAGAGUCUAAUCGCAGCUCAUGAGCAGUUCAAAGCCACUCUUCCUGAGGCGGAUGCAGAGAGACAGGCCAUCUUGGGAAUUCACAAUGAGGUGCUGAAGAUUUCCCAGAGCUAUGGGAUCAAGGCCAACAUUAUCAACCCAUACAGCACCCUCACAACCGAAGAGCUUCUGAACAAAUGGGAAAAGGUGAAGAAGCUGGUUCCUCAGAGGGACGGUGCCCUCCAGGAGGAGAUGGCCAGUCAGCAUUCCCAUGAACGGCUGAGACGCCAGUUUGCUGCCCAGGCUAAUCUCAUUGGACCCUGGAUACAAACCAGGAUGGAGGAAAUUGGCCGCUGCUCCGUGGUGAUAGGAGGCGCCCUGGAGGACCAGAUGACACAGCUGAAGCAAUGCGAGCACGUCAUUGUUGCUUACAAGUCCAACAUCGACAAGUUGGAGGGAGACCACCAGCUAAUCCAAGAGUCCCUGGUGUUUGAUAACAAACACACCAACUACACUAUGGAGCAUAUUCGCGUCGGGUGGGAGCUGCUCCUCACAACCAUCGCCCGAACCAUCAACGAGAUAGAGACCCAGAUCCUGACCCGGGAUGCCAAAGGCAUCAGCCAGCAGCAGAUGAAUGAGUUCAGAUCCUCUUUCAACCACUUUGACAGGAAGAAGAAUGGAGCAAUGGAGACUGAUGACUUCAGAGCCUGCCUCAUCUCUAUGGGUUAUGACUUGGGGGAGGUGGAGUUUGCCCGUAUAAUGAUCCUGGUGGACCCCAAUGGGACUGGAAAUGUCUCUUUCCAGUCGUUUAUUGAUUUUAUGACUAGAGAGACUGGGGACACGGACACGGCCGAGCAGGUUGUGGCAUCCUUCCGGAUCCUCGCUACUGACAAGCCCUACAUACUAGUGGAGGAGCUGAGGAGAGAACUUCCUCCUGAGCAAGCGGAGUAUUGCAUAAUGAGGAUGCCGCCUUACUCUGGCCACGGAGCACCACCGGGGGCGCUGGACUACACCGCCUUCUCCACUGCCCUCUAUGGAGAGAGCGACCUUUAACUGACUAGAAACAUCCUUCAUCUACUGACCGUGUACCUAACCUCCCCCCCCCACCCACCUCCAUCUCUUGAUGAAUUGAUACAGAAGUUGUAUCCAAUAUGUUGCGUUAAAUGUUUGACCUGACGAGAUCUUUUUAUUGUUGACUAGUUUUCAGACAUUAGACCACCGUCAAAUGUCUUGGUACUCUUCUUCUGUCCCCUUGAAUGAGAAAUUAAAAACAACAAAAAAUGCCAUAAAUAGAUUGCCAAGCUUAAAUUAUAUUGAGAGAAACAAUGCAUUGUGCAUGUUGUCUUGUGAGUUAUGGUGUUUUGUGCAGAAAGUAGGGUUCUGUGAUGAAGGUAAUCCUCCAAGAGAAAUUCACUCCAACAAAAGAGACACUUGAGUAAUACGCUAAAAAGCAUUUUGGUUUUUCUUUAGUUUCA